AUGGAACGACGAAUAUUAGCUAUUCUAACUGCCUUAUUCUCCUUGAUUUCGCACGCUAAUUCUGCGGCAGUUAAUUCAUUCAAUGGCAAUGUCGCCGGUGAUCAUUCAUUCAAGAAAAACGCAAAUGAAGUUUUCGGAAGUUCUCUUAGAAGACGCAGUACUAGUCCGCCAAACUAUGCACCAGUAAUAUCAACAACACCCAUACCUCUCAAAUAUGGGUCAGGUUAUAGUGGAUAUUGGCCGUCUUCGCAAACUUCUGGAGGAUACUAUGUCUAUACUGGACGAGAAAAUGUAAUACCUCAGAAUGCCGGCUAUCUUGCUACCUUAUUAUAUCCGCCGGUAGCAAAUUUUGUACGUGGCACAGGUGAACGUGAACCAUUUAUAGGUAGCAUUAGUUAUGUACCCUACCUUUUAAAUGGAGCAUAUGCAAGGUUACCAAGUGAUCCAGAGAACUUUUUAUUUAGGGAGAAGAGACCUCAAGUUAACAAAUUUAUUGCUUAUGGUAUGCCAUAUUCUAGUUCCUUCGAUUACUUUGAAGCACCUUCUCCAAGUUAUGGCGUCGCCCCUGAUAGUCGAUUAAUACCAUAUUUUGUUAUAGGCUCCAGUAAUAACCCUCAACAUCAUAUUGUUAACUGGAAUGCAUAUACUCUUUCACUACAACCUUGA